UAGACUUCGGGAAAUGUAGUUUUCUAGCCAAACUCACGGGGACGUUCUGAAAAACAAACUGCAGAUCCCACCAGGCACCGCGGGAAAAAAGCCCUUGCUGAUGACGCUGUAAUUGGGAGCCGGAUGUUUAAGUUGUGAGCUGUCUUCUGCCAGCGUCCCACAAUCCCCCUUGUUGUUGCUGUUGCCAUGACGAAGCUGAUGGAGUGGCUGUCGGGGCUGACCGUGCUGGGGGUCCUUUGGGCGACGGUGACCUUUGACCUCCUGGGGCUGGACCCCCCUGAGGCAGUGCUGCAGGUGUCCUGGCCUCUGCCUGUCUUCCUGCUGGUGGCGCUCGGCUGCUUCUCGCUGGGGACCGUGGGAUACCGCGUCGCCACGUUCAACGACUGCCAGACCGCCGCAGCGGAAUUACAAGAGCAGAUCCGGGAGGCGAAGACCGAGCUGCAGAGGAAAGGGCUGCGGUUCUGAUCCGAACGGACCGGAUUCCGCAAGGCUGGUACCGUUUGAAAAGUUUCCAACUCAUAAAAAGCAACAGAAACGUGAUAACGCUCAGUGAAAGUACGGCAAAGCCAAGCUAAGCCCAGAGAGGUCGACUGAAGCAUACUGAAAAACAAACCAUGUCAAACUAACCCUUAUAAAAGUUUCCCAUAGUAAAAGCACAGCAGAGUGUAAUGAAGCAUGGUGAAGCAUAGGCAAGCAUUGUAAAGCACAGAGAGGUCUGGUAAAGCAUAGGGAAGCAUUGUAAAGCACAGAGAGGUCUGGUAAAGCAUAGGGAAGCAUUGUAAAGCACAGAGAGGUAUGCUAAAGCAUAGGGAAGCAUUGUAAAGCACAGAGAGGUCUGGUAAAGCAUAGGGAAGCAUUGUAAAGCACAGAGAGGUCUGGGGAAGCAUAGGGAAGCAUUGUAAAGCACAGAGAGGUCUGGUAAAGCAUAGGGAAGCAUUGUAAAGCACAGAGAGGUCUGGGAAAGCAUAGGGAAGCAUUGCAAAGCAGAGAGAGAUCUGGUAAAGCAUAGGGAAGCAUUGCAAAGCAGAGAGAGGUGUGGGGAAGCAUGUUAAAAAGACAAACCUUUACUGUGCAAGAUGCCUUUGUCUAUGGAAAAGACUGAUGACACACUGAUCAUGAGAUGAAUUGCACUGUACACUUACUGCUGUGUGAGCGCUGGUGGUGAAGCCUGCUCUUUCCCUGCAUGCUUUUGAAAUUCGUGAAAUCGAAGGAGACGAGGGGGGGGGGGGGGUCAGACCCCUGAAAUCACUUCUGUUGUAUUUGUGUCUGUAAUUUAUAACAAUCAAAUAAAAAUACAUUUUGCUAGAUUAACUGAA